UGGGUCACUAUAAGUUGAUAAGAGUUGUGUGGUGACUGGUAAAUAGCAGGUCAAAUUAUUUUUGUGUAUGUCUUUUUGCACUGCUCACACAAAAUCCCAAUUGAACUUUGAACUUGUAUUGAUUUCCUUUUUCAUAUUUGAACUGCAGUACUAUGAGACUGUAUCUACAUGCGCAAAAAACAAUUGUACUUUUCUCAUCACUUUUCCCUCUCCUCAGACAAGAGCAUAAUAGCUGUUUACUUGCGGACGGACACAACUCUGUCAGGGAGGGGAGGCCAUUUAUCCUGUGGCUUCGUCAGUCAGUUGCACAGCACAGCGGUCCCCACAAGGAAUGUCAAGUAGCCCAAACACGAGAGCUCUGUGUGUGCUUGACGUAAUCCGACUGCUGUUUCUUACCCAGAUGCCAGCACAAGCGUGCCUAUUCUUCUGUGGGAUUCUGUUUGUGUUUCUGUGCCACAUUCAGAGGUUGCUGUCAAUAGAAGGGUUAUAUACGUGUGUUUUCUCAAGCAGUCUUUAUUUAUUCUUUUUAUGGCAUGUGUCUGAAUGCAAAGAUCUGAAGGAGUGUUUUUUGGAGGGAGAGCAGAAGGAGAAGAGGGACACUUGCAGAGCCUGAGGGGUGGGAUGCUCCUCUGGGGAAGGGGGUUUCUAUGAUGUUUCUCUUAAAUCUGUUUCAGAUGUGGCCGUGGUCUCCUAAGCCUUUAAUACUGCAGAUUAUUAUACACUUUGCCACCAGUCGUGCCAACUGCUCAGACAGCUUUUACCCAGAUGAGAUUCUAGGGCGUGGAUGUGUAAAGCAGGCGAAUCGGGGCUUGGGUUUCACCCUGCAGCAGGACAUCACGGGAGUAGUUGGUUACUUCAGGGAAUGCGAGCCUGGUGGAUCAUUCUUUGUGGCCUGACAGUUCUCAGUACUCUGGUUUUACAGAGCGUUUUUAAAGAUGAGCUAACAACAUUUCUGUCAUGCAUUGGUUGAUGACACACACAAAAAAGUCAAAUCAGGGUAUUCAGAGCAGUGAACACCCUUUGCACUCGAACCACUCUCUGCUCUAGGCACAUUAGCAUUUCCCUCGUGACACCUAUCCUCUGAAUGAUAUUAAGAUGUCAUUUCAGUACUUGCGGUUAUGUGUUGAAAAUGCAGACAGAAUAGACAGAGCUGGAAAAUGAGCUUCAGCUCUGCUGAGGUAAGAUGUUCCAUAGGCCCAGAUGACUGGUGUCUUAUGACAUCAACAGAGCCCGGGUAGCCCAGCACCCCGUGUCAUGGUUAGAAAAUGUACAUAGUUGAGCAUGACCGCAUUUGAGCGCACUUCAGCCAGUAGGCUGUGCAGUAGGCUGAAACCCAGCACUAUUGGCACGAGAGAGAGAACUGACUGGCCGAGGAAGUAGUGCAUGACUAGUGUGUGGUAAAGGAAGUCAAAUCAGCAAUCUCUAACCUGAUACCGUGAUGCCUAUAUUUCCAGUAUGGAACUUUACUAAUAGAUUAGUUUGUGUUUAGUCUAAUUUUUAGUCGAGUUUUAUGUGGGUUUUGUGUACGGUUCUGGCAGGGCCAUAUACGUAUAGACGAGGUAGUGACCGUCACUGCACCCCCCGGUUCGUCGAUAGUGGCACAGUGGGAGUGGGUGGUGAUUGGCGGCCUGAGGCGGCAGGCAGUUCAAUGGUGCUGAAGGACACUGCGUCCCAGAGCAGAGUGGUAUAAAGGCCCGCGCUCUGGACAGCCUCCGCGGGAGUUUGUUCCGGAAACACAAGUUCAGGCUGAUUCGUCUCUUAAAGGAUAACGCAGAGUGCACUGCAGCCCCAGUAGCAAUGGAGGAUAGCGACCAUGAGGCCGACUCGCCGUCCGAGGAGCAGGAUUCGGCCCCGACAUCCCCUGAGCCAAGGGAGAUUGAGGCAGAACAGAACUCUAGCCACUCCAAGGAGGACUCAGAGGACUCUGAGCUGGAGAACAUCAUGGGUCACCAUCACCACCACCACGAACAGCAUGACCCCCAGCACCACCACGCCCCUACAGAGGGCCACCCUUUCCCCGGCCAUGAACCAGCUGGGGACAGCGAGAGUGAGGGCCGCGACAGCCCCCUCACCCCGGGGACGCCCACAUAUUUAAGGCCCUCCGCAGCCGGCAGGAGCCUGUUUGAGGCCACCCUAGAGCAAAGGCCCCCUCGGGGCACCGUGGACUUUAGCCUGACAUCGCCCAUCAGCCCCUCGCGGCCCAAGAGCCCUUGGGGCCGCUACGACCCCUAUGAUGCGUCAGAGGACCAGGAUAAGGAGUAUGUGGGCUUUGCCACACUGCCAAACCAGGUGCAUCGCAAAUCUGUGAAGAAGGGCUUUGACUUCACCCUCAUGGUGGCAGGCGAGUCUGGCCUUGGGAAGUCCACCCUUGUCAACAGCCUCUUCCUCACAGACCUGUAUAAAGACAGGAAGCUGCUGAACGCUGAAGAGAGGAUCACUCAGACAGUCGAGAUCACUAAACACACAGUGGAUAUUGAAGAGAAAGGCGUCAAGCUGAAACUAACCAUCGUUGACACGCCAGGCUUCGGGGAUGCCGUCAAUAACACUGAAUGCUGGAAGUCCGUGGCCGACUACAUAGACCAGCAGUUUGAGCAGUACUUCCGCGACGAGAGUGGCCUGAACCGCAAGAACAUCCAGGACAACCGCGUGCACUGCUGUCUCUACUUCAUCUCCCCCUUCGGUCACGGUCUCAGGCCCCUGGAUGUGGAGUUCAUGAAGGCCCUCCAUGAGAAGGUGAACAUUGUGCCUGUUCUGGCCAAGGCAGACACUCUCACCCCCAGUGAGGUCAAGAAAAAGAAAUUCAAGAUUCGAGAGGAGAUUGAGCAGUAUGGCAUUAAAAUCUACCAGUUUCCAGACUGUGACUCUGACGAGGACGAAGAAUUCAAACAGCAGGACCAGGAGCUAAAGGACAGCAUUCCCUUUGCCGUGAUCGGCAGCAACACAGUGGUGGAAGCCAAAGGCAGGCGAGUGCGAGGACGCCUGUACCCCUGGGGCAUCGUAGAAGUGGAAAACUCUGCACACUGUGACUUUGUGAAGUUGCGGAACAUGCUGGUGCGCACACACAUGCAGGACCUGAAGGACGUCACCCGGGAGACCCACUACGAGAACUACCGCGCCCACUGCAUCCAGAGCAUGACCCGCAUGGUGGUGAAGGAGCGGAACCGCAAUAAACUCACCAGGGAGAGCGGCACCGACUUCCCCAUACCCACGGGGCCCGGCUUGGCAGACACCGAGACGGAAAAGCUGAUCCGUGAGAAAGACGAAGAGGUACGGCAUAGAGCCGAGCACGGGCACGGGCACGAUCACCAGCAUGGGCACGAUCUCAAUAACGAGCACGUCCACGAGCACAAUCAUGGGCACGAUCACGAGCACGAGCACGGCCACGAGCAGCACCAGGACCCACAUGUAGAACAUGAAGCCCACUCCGAGCACCACCCACCCUAUCCAGAGGGGUCCUGAGUUUUCCCAGAAUAUUUUCUAGAAUAUUCCAUGGUCAUGUAAUCACAAGGCCUGCACUCUAAGGGCCUACACACCAAAGAAAGGCAUAGCUGGCCACGUAUUGGAAGGGUUUGGUGGAGGUGGGAAAUCCAAAAAUGCAAAAUGGCGUUCCUCAUAGGAUGGUCCAACCUCACGUAUAGGUAGAAGUGCUGUAGUGAAGUAGAGUAGUCCCCAUUGUUGGGUGUUAAGAUGCCCACACAAGACACAAAGUCUGCACCGCUCUGCCAUCGAGCACUUAAGCCCCGUGGCCCUGUGGCCUGCAUGUAGAGCUGGGCGAGUGAGGAGCAAGGCUCAGAGCUCACAUAGGAGUGUUGGGUCUGCUCAGCUGCUUGUUGAUGUUGUAGGUUUUUCUUCUUACCACCAGUGUUAAGCCAGUGCCAUCAUAAAUGGGAACUUGGUUUUAAGGGUACUAUGCUUGAUACAGAGGGGGAAUCCCUUUCCUCUGUGCUGCUCUCUGUAUAGUUUUAGUUUUGUACAAAUUCACUUGCCCAGUCAGCAGUAUUCAAGGAGCUGUACAGGUGCCGUAUUCAUAAACAUGCUCCUUUGCAACUUCAUUGAGGUUGUGUCUUUAUAUGUGUUCAGUCACUGGUAGGCAUUGCUGAUAUAUGUGUACACAGUGGACUUUGCUUAAUAUUUAAAGAGUGUUUGAAUGUGGCUAAAAGCAAUCCUCUUAGAAUAGCAUUUCAUGAAUAGAACAGAUUGUGUAAAACAGGUGCCAAGUUGAAUUGUUACUGUAAAGCAUUUUUAAUCAAUUUUAGUUCCUUAUAUAUUUAUAUUUAUACCAUUGGUUUGUUUUUGAGUUCAAACAAUUGUUUUCAUCUUUCAUUAAAUUCUUUCAAAAUG